AUGCCAACAGAAUCUGCUUCGCUGGAAAUCGAACAAACUGCAGUGCAGGGAACUACAUCUUUUUUUGUUACAGCAGAAAUUACAUUUUGCAAAGCUGAAGAAUCUGUUGAUUACAUUUUAUAUCUACAAGUUCCAAAGAUAUCAGAUUUACCGUGUUUGUGUCAGCUAUCCACCACUAACUGGACAGAACCAACCAACAUACAUAUAAGUUGGGCAUCUCCUCUACCUCCUGGUAACUGUGGUUUGAAUAUAGAAAUUAAGGAAAAGGAGAGUAUCAAAAAAGUGAAAUGCGAUUACCUAAGCAUGUACAUCUCACUGAAUGACAGCACGCCUUUACUCCUCACCCUGGUUAACAACACAGAUUCAAUAAAUGCUUCUUUUCAUUUCAUUACAAGAUCUCGAGGAAAAAUUCAUAUCCAAUGUUCAGGGGGAGAUUAUAAAUCAGCGUCAAAACAGUCAUCAGUCACACAUUCUGUCUCUUCAACACACUCCACUACAAGUCUUACACGGACAUCCAAGGAGAACACCCAAGGUAGGCUAUAAUUAAGAUAUAUAACAUAAAGAUAAUCC